AGACAUGUCCAAACACAUCCCAGUAACAAUUACUCCCUCAAAUGUAUUUUAUUUAUGUGCAUAGCUUCAAUAUUACACAAUUAUCACAAAUAUUUCCAUGUUCCAAGAAAAUACAAGCCAACUUAUAGAUAUUCAUCUUAAAACAACCGAAUUUUAUUCAUUUUUAAUCCAUGUAAGCAGACGCUUAUUAAAACAUUUCCAAUAUUAUUCAAUUAUCACCCCAAACAUUUCUUGAACAUAUGUCGCAUCAUAACUGUUUUAAACAAAGGGCAAUUCCUGUUCCUUUAUAUAAUCAACUGUUGGUGAAAACAUUGAAUCUAACAUGGAUUACUGUAUUUUUUCAGUGAAAAUUAUCUGACACUGCAGGCUGGGACAUGUCAAAGUUUGUCCUAUCUUAAUCUUUAUUCUCUGCGGGAUUGCUUGGAGUCAUUGGGCAGAUCAUAAUACAGAAAGUUUAACACUUGAAUUGUGUGUUUUACUGUUUAAAUUAACAUCAACAACAUGUAGCAAUCUGGAUUUAAAUGUGGCUUCACAAAAUAUGAACAGGAUAAACAUGACAAAAAUUAAUGUAUAGAUGGUCCUUUGUUUUUGCUGAAGGGACAGCACGCUGAAGAGACAGUGGUGGGAUACAAGGAAGUCCGGGUGCGAUACCCUAGCUCUUUUUCGAAGAGACCUCCUGGUUCUUUUACGUGCUCAGCGUAAAGCACCGAUACACUGGAUGAAUGUUGAUUUACAUCCUAUAUGAGACAAACUAGCAAUGGAUGACAGAGUUCACCGCCUAUCUGAGAAUCUAGAGGGUACAACCCGUAACCUGAAGUCCUUGGAUCGCAUGUUGGAUCAGUACAGGGACGUGGGCCACGAUCACAGGCAUAACGUUGAAAGGUUACGGGAUGACAUUGGUCGUACCCACCAACAGAUCCGGGAUGAGAGACUCCGAGACUACGGGAGUGACAGUGAGUAUGAAGUUUCAUCUCCUAUAUCUCGUCGUCGCCGUAAGCCACGGAAGUCAACUGUGCGAUUUGCAGACGAUAUGAACCGCUCAUUACACGAGCUGCACCAUGCGGUGCGGGACCUAGGCAGUGAUCACCUCAACCUUGAAACGUCCUUCAACCGGGAGGUUGACCGCAGAGAUGGGUAUGACAUGGACACCAAAAGAAAGAUCCGGGAAAUUUCAGAUGAUCUGAAGAGAUUUUCUUCAAGUGAUCCGGUGGCUGAGCGCGUGGAGCGACGACUCCGGUUUAUCCAGUCAGAUAUGGAUAUGGACCGGGCUGUUACUGGGAGAUACGAGGAACUCUCCAAUCUUUCCAUGGAACUCAGAAGUGCGUUACAACAGCAACAGGCUCAGAGCCAGCAGGCGGCUGCUGAGGAGAGGAUCCGCGCAUCUUUGCUGGCAUCAGAUCCUCACAAACACAGGCUGGAGGCUGACGUGGAUGACAUGAGAAGAAAACUUGACAUGGCUGAGGGCUCCAAAUCUGCGCUCCAGUCACAGGUUGAUGAUUUACGUAACCAAUUACGUCGGCUGGAUACAGAUCGGUCACGGAUGAAGUCCCACAUGGAGGAGGCAAGGAUAGAAGAGGAGCUGCGGGAACGGCGGAAACGUAGAUCAAUGGAGGAGGAUCAGAAGAGGAGCCUUGAGCGCGAGUUGUUGGAGCUUAGACAGCAGAUGUCCCGCUCGGUUGGCGUUACCUCGGAGACGGAGGAACUGCGAAGGAACCUUGAGAAGUCUGAGAGGCAAAGGGUUCAGCUCUCCGAUCAUAUAGAGACAAUUACCAAAGACUUGGAAAACAGGGAAAAACAGACAGCAAAACUGAUCAAUGAAUUAAAGGGUAUGACAGAUAAAUGUGAGGACGCAGAAAGACACAAGAACCACUUGUUGGUACAGGUGGAGGACACAGCUGCCAAACUGCGGGAUAGCAGUAGGGAACUGGACAAGGCCCUCACAGAACUCAGGAAUACGCAGCUCGCUCUUGCCGAUGCUGAGAAGAAAAGGGACGAGUUCAAGGGUCGGGCCCAGGAAACAGUCAGACAAUGGAAAAUGAAGGUGAAGCAGCUCGAGCGUGAGCUUGACCGGCACAAACAUGGGAACCAGCAGAUGAUGGGGCGUAACGAACAGCUCAUCAAGGAGAUGGAGGCCGUACGCCAGCAUGGACACGCCUUCGGUAUACAGCUAGAAAACAUGCGCAGGGAACUCGGUGAUGCUCUGGCUGUACGUGCAGCUCAGGAUGAGCAGAUUAGGCUCAAGGAUGUGGAGAUAAAUGAGCUGAAGUCUCUUCGUAUGGAUCUUGACCGUGAACUCCGGGAUACCAGGACUGUGGCAGACAGGCUGGAGAAUGAGUUACACUCGGCUCAGCAGCGAGUUGCCCAGGUUACAGAGGAUAAAAACCGGAUAGAGGAUCGUCUGUCAUCUGUGGAGGCCGCACACUGUCUGGCACAGGACCAGGCCGCUCAACUACAGCAAGAGUUUAAGGAUCUAAGCUCCACAAAGGCACACAUAGCGGCCGAACUGUCGGAAGCCAACGGGAAGAUACAUGAUCUGCGUCAGAGCUACAUGGAGAUCCAGCACCGGGAACGGGCAGCACGUGAAGAAAUCAAACUCUUCACCAACAAGCUGCAUGAGGAACGAGAAAACUCCAGGAAUGCUGUUGAGACCCUGAAAAGGGAGCUGAAUGAAUCUAAGGUACGGGAGGCCCACAUGUUACAGGACCUACAGAGGAAGCUGAAGAAGGACAAGGCUGAGUAUGAGGCUGCCAUACAAGCUCUUAAGAUGGAGCUGUCGGAAGACAAAUCUAGUCUGAAGAUUUCCAAGCGGAAUGAGGAGAAGUACAGAAAGGAGGCAGAGAUAUUACAGCAGGGCAUGAACAGACUGGAAGAAGAUAACCACAAGCUCCUAGGUAGACUAGAGCACACGAAGAAAGAGUAUGAGUCUGUUACCCAGAUGACAGAGAGUGACCUGUCCAAGGCCAAGCGUCUUGAAGAUGAGCUUUUCCACCUCAAUAGUGACCUUAAGAAGAUGGAGAGAAGAUAUGAGAACUUCUCUCAGGACAUGAUAUCGGAGGUGGAUGCCUUGAUGGACGUGAUGUCUACAGGAUGUAUUGAAAAAUUCAAGACUGUUAGUGCUGUCAAAGGUGCUUUGAAUGGAAACCUUCUAGCUGAUCUCAAGAUCAAGAUGAAGUGGCUGCGUAACCAGGUCCGAGAGAAGAUAAAGUAUGAGGAGAAACUGCGUAAAGACAUCCGGGACGCGCUCACAUCCAAUGAGGGGGACAGGAAGUUUCUUCUCCAGGAGCUCGCAAAGCGUGAGGAGGUCCUCGACGAACUUGCCGCUGCUAAACAAGAACUGGCACAGAGAGAAAUAGAAAAUCUUCAAGCUGUAGAAGUCCUUGAGAGUUUAGGUUAUUUCAACAAAGAACAAAGACAACAAGACCACAUUCUGGACCUGACAGAUGAGCUUGAGGUUCGGAAAAUACGGGAAAAUGAACAGCAUAAACAACAUAAGAUAGAGAAACAUCAGAUCAUCACUGACAUUGAGGGCAUGAGGGAUAAAGAAAGAGCCAGAAUUGAAGAGAGAUACCUCAGGUUACAAGGCACCAUGAGAGCUCUACAAAGUGAGAUUAAAGUGGCCAAUCUUAACCACCAACAGGUGGUGGAACUAGAGAGAAACAUCAACAACAUUAAAAAAUCCCCUGGUCGCCCGAGGUCUCGAACCCCAAACAACCGGUUGCGUACUGCCACCUCCAAGAGCCCGCACCGUCGCCCCCAAACCCCGCCCAGCCGCCUGCCAAAGGGACACAAUGAAUCCAUCGGCCCAAUGUCAAUGUCGGAUGAGGAUUUCCAGCGAAAGUUUGCCCGCCGCAAGUCUAUAGAGGACAACUGCUUAUGAUUCCUGGGAUAUUGUUGUGUUAAUCCUGGUCGAUGCAGCUAUUUGACCUCAUGUACACAGGGAAAAAGUGACACUCGUGUAAUGCAUUUAUUACGUUUCUAGAAUUAUGCAUAUGUACAUCAUAUGUCUUCAUCCGAGCAGUUUGGUAAAAAGUGUUGAAAAGACAAAGGAGCUCUUUAAAGUGUACACGGUUAAUUACAUGUUAGAGAUUUACUGAUUUUGUUUCUGUUGUUAGUGCAUUUGUUAAGACAAAAAAUGAAUUUAACACAUAUUGCUGUUGAUCUUUCUAUGUGUAUAUAGAUGCAACAUCAUAGUUAUGCUGUACAUGUGCUAUUUAUAGAACUUUUACCUUGAGCAUCGAUCAUGCACAUUCCAUUAAACAUCCAGUAACCUUGUCAGCAUGCAUGUUUAAGCACAAGGUUCAACUUGAAGCAUUCCAUGGACAAAGACUGUAGGCAUGUUGUGAUAUUUUAGUGUAGGUUUACAGUCUUUAGUUGAGUCCGUCCCACUCAAAGAAAUGAUCUGAUCUUGCAUGUUCAGUGUUUUGUAUUAGUGUUUUAAAAGCUUUUAUUAUACAUUUUUUUGUACAAUCAGUUUUUGAUUGUUUUUUAAACUCAUUUGCAUGAAGUAAAUCAUUUUUAGAGCUAUUUAAACAUUUUGCUUUACAACUUUUUCUCUACACAUUUUUAAAAGUAACAAACUUACUGACUGUGAUAUUAAAAUUUGUAAUUAUUUGAGCACUGUUAAAUAUCGAUGUUCUGUACCUGUACUUCUGCUAUUGCAGAUUUAGUCGCUCUAGACAUGUUUUUUUCUGUGUAAAAAUCUUGUUUUGUAUAAUAAGCACAUGUGACUUAAGAGUUAUUAUGCCUGUGCAAACUUGGGUCUCGCACACACAUAGUAUGCAGACCUUUGCUUGUGGGUUGUUGUUGUUGUUGUUGUUGUUCAACAGAAAAUGAAAACAGAAAUGGUUCAUAGCUGCCAAUUCCAUGUAUUAACAUUCCUUUACGGCACUAGUGUAUCACAAUAAUGGUUUAAUUUUGUUUAUUAUAUCUUUUUGAAUUACUUCCAUUUUUAGAUUUUUAGGAUUUUGAGUGUAAUUUUAGUUUUGGGGUUAAUUUUCUCUUUUAUUUGUUCAGAAAAUUACAAUUUCAGGUACCCAGGUAGGAGUAAAGUAGUUGAGCCAUCCGUUAAAACUCUAUGUCUGUAGAAACGUCACAAAUAGCAGUGAACAAUAAAUAAUAAACAUUUUGAUGGAAAGAUGAAAGUGAAUUGUGAAGUAUUAGUUUUCUUUGUAUACGGAAGUUUUGUGAUAUCAAACAUAUAACAAUUACAACUAUAAUAAUGCAUUUAUAUUGCAUUCAAGAUAAAUCUCUUUUUUGGGGGACAAAGUCAUUUGAUGUGUACAACACAAGUUUAUUUUGAAUUAUUUGAUUGACCAUCUCUCAGUUGUGUUGGCUACAAGUUGUAUAGGAGUAAUUUGUCAUUUACUGCAGUAUUUGAUAUAUUUAUCUAUAAUUUACCAUAUUUAUAUAUUUAUAAAACGUCGCUAGAAUUACUGAAUAAAUGUCUUAUAUU